AAAAAAACAGACUGGCAGAACGCGAGGCGAGCCUGACAGCAAGUAACCCUGUUGUGUUAUUAUCARUGCUUGUUUGAGUUGAAGCACUGUUUAAAUACUGUUUUCUGCUGCCAAGAUGACAACUGAAUGUAAGACUUGGAUCGCAGGUGUUUUUAUUGGACUUUGAACUCGUUAAUUGUUACAACCUCACGUCUGAACUCGGAAACUCUUGACCCAGUUUCACGUUUUUACUGUGAGUAUGGUGUCAUUUAGCAUAGCCAGGUUAACAAACCGAGUAAAAGCAUUUUAGCAUAAAUAUUGUGAGUAUAGCUUCGCGAAUAUCUAUAAUGUAACUACUGCUGUGCAUGUUUACAUAUGUUUACACAAGUUGUUAUCAAAAAUUUAGCAUAAAAGCUAAGCUAAACAACAGUUAACCUGUAAAGAUUAAUGGUUUGCACGUUACGUCAUUGUUACAGAGGCACACUUUAAACAGUUUAACUUAAGAUAAAAAAAUAAAGGUGUGUCUCGUCUGUUUUGCUUGAUAAGACCACAAAAGAGACCUGGCUUUAAACUAAUUAGCCCUCAGUGACCAUUAUCAUCAUUUUUUUUUUGGUAAAAAUAUAAGUAGAAAUCUUCAUGUGUUCCAAAGAUCAAACUGUAAAGCUAUGGAAGUGGUUCUUGUUUCUGGUUCAGCCUGUUUGGACCACUAGGACAAUGUGAUCAAAUCUAUCAUGAAGCCACAACAGUUUUUUUUAAAAUAAAUAAUAAUAAUAAAAACACGUCAAAACAUUAUUAAGCUGUAAUGGAUUUGUUUUUUUGUUUUUUUAUCUUUGCAAAUCCUCUCCUGAGGAUGAGAUCAUCCUGUGGCCCUGCAGUUCAAAUGCCACAAGUGCAUUUAAACCUCAUCCCCCCCCCUACCCCCCCCGGCACACAUCUGACGGGGCUCUGUUUCAGCGGGAUCUUCCAGUCUGCUGCCUGACUGCUGAUCCGCCUCGCCGCUGAUCGCCUGUUACCUCACGUCCCCAUGUUUCUGUGACAUGAGCGAGUCGGGGACGACAAAGUCACCUAUGGAAGACGAUGAGAUCUCAAGGAUAUCACACGCAACCGUGUCCCCCGCGAGGCAGAACAACCUCGUGUCUGUGUAUCCUGUCCCCUUAUCUGCAAGCUCCUACAGCAUAAUGAGUGCCUUUUGCACCGAGGAUAAUUUUCCUCAGUGCAUUUCUUACAUCAAUCAGGAGCUCGGCUCGUUGGGCCUGUCCACGUGCGUCGAGGCCAGCGCACCAGGGGGAGCCGGCCUAAAUGCAGUGCCCACUCUGAACGCCAUGCAUGAGCUGCUGCAGAUCCACAGACGCACCAUGUGCACUUUAGAGGAGCUGGAGAGGGAACAUCUGAAGAAUUUAAGCACUUUGAAACACGUGCAGACGACUACUUCCACACUCGAGGAUCAGCUGGAAAUGUCCAUAAGGGAGAAAUCGGGGCUGCGUGAGACGGAGCGACAGCUGCAACUCAAAAUUAAAACUCUGCAGAGUUGCUUAAAAACUGAAAAAGAUGAGGUCCAAAAGCUCCAGAAUAUCAUCGCCAGCCGUGCCUCACAGUACAGCCAUGACGCCAAAAGGAAAGAGAGAGACGCUGCAAAGCUGAAGGAACGCCUCAGUCACUUAUUGGUGGAUAGAAAGGAUAAGAAACUUGCCAUCGACAUGCUGAAUUGCUUGGGCCGAUCCGACGGGAAAAGGAGCCUCUGGAGGAAUGCGAAGGCAACAGCCAGCCAUGAGGGUGAGAUGUACAAAGCUUUGCUGUGUGGCUAUGAGGCGAGCCAGAAGGCCCUGGUUCUGGAGAACGCCGAGCUCAAAAAGGUCCUCCAGCAGAUGAAGAAGGAAAUGGUGCACAUCCUGAGUCCACGCCAGGCCUCUGCCAAAGGAGCCACGGCUGAUGAAGAGCAGGUGGAUUCGGACAGAGAGGAGAAGCUGGGCGACUCGAGCAGGGAAUCUCUGGACCAAUCCUGCGAGCACGUCAGGGAGCAGCUCAUCAACAGCAUCCGUCAGGAGUGGAGGAAACUGAAGGACCACGUGGAGAAAUUAGACAGCCAAGCCUCUCAAGUGGCGUAUGCAGAGACGAUCCCUUUAGAGACUCACGAGGAUGAGAUGGAGAGAAUGAGGGGGGAGGUCCUGCAAUGCAAAGAGUUCAUUCAAGCACAACAGCAACUUCUGCAGCAACAAUUAAACGCAUCAUUUGACGACGAGACGGCGGCUUUUCUUAACGACUGCUACACACUGGAGGAGAAGGAGCGCCUCAAAGUGGAGUGGAGGCUCUUUGAGGAGCAGAAGAGGAACUUUGAGAAAGAGAGGAAGAACUUCACAGAGGCUGCUAUUCGCCUUGGCCGGGAGAAAAGGGCCUUUGAGGAAGACCGCGCCGCUUGGCUGAAAAAUCACUUUUUAAGCAUGACUCCUUUUACAGAUCGCAGGAGAUGGUCCUCAUCAGAUUGUCAAAGUGCCUUAUCAGUUAAAAGUGAAUCAGAGAUCAGCAUGUCUUCAAUAAAAUCUCCGAAGGCAAAGUCGUCAACCUACACUGCAUUUUCUACUCCCAAACCUUCACGAAGCACUACUACACCAUCUACCGCUGAUCUGUACCGAACGCUCUGCCUCAUACCAGAAAGCAGUUCAUCAAGACACUCAAGUCGAGGGAGCUGGCCUGAGUCUAGCCCAGUUGAAGAUGGGGAAAGACGGAUCAAAUCUAAAAGAGUUCAUUGCAGUGAUGACUUGAGUAUUUUCACAUUUAGUGAAGAAGACAACCUCGCUUAAAGAUCAGUGCCUGUUUUGCUGGAUUUUUUUUUUCCUUUGCAGUAGACUUUAGCAUAGAUCUGUGGAUCUUUCAGCAAAAACGAGCGUUUUGUUUUCCACAGGUGCACAUCAUUCUUCAAAGCUACUCAAACAAGAAAGCACUUUAUGCAGUCUGCCACUGUUCAUGUCUUCCCCUCAUUGAUCAACACUGUUUAGAGAUUGUAAGCUGUGCUCAUUGUAUGAAGAAUCACUUUUUAAAUUUUUUGUUUUAACUUAUUUAAAUGUAUAUCUUAGAUUUUAAGUAAAUUAUAUACUGAUUCUAUCAAAUGACAUUUUUUUGCUAAAUAAAUGGUGUAAUUUUUUCCUUUU